AUGUCUCAACUCGCGAGAACCCUACCAGCAUCUUGGUAUUGCAAUGAAUCGCUCUACCAGAUGGAGCGCCGUGCCGUCUUCUUCAAAUCCUGGUACCUACUUGGACCUGUAACUAGGUUCCAGACGGUUGGAGAGCAUGUCGAAUACGAGCUUGCGCAGCAGCCGAUCUAUGCUAUUCGCACUGGAGGCGAGUCUCUCAAUCCAGGACCGGAUCAACUGAAAGUAUUCUGCGGAAAGACGGACAAAGAACUGCGCUGCCAUGUUACUCCCACUGGUCUUCUUUUCUCGACAAUUUCAGACGAAGCUCCCAGCUUCCAUGAAUUUUUUCCCGAGCUAGAGGAAAUCCUAGGAAAAGUUGACUUCACUCGACUCCCAUACCGUCGCAGUAUCCGCUAUGAGGGUCGCUUCAACUGGAAGACCAUGGUCGAUGGAUACCAAGAAUGCCUACAUUGCCAAUACACCCAUCCUUCAUUCUCAGUCUAUUACCCACCUACUUUCUACGCCGUGCACAACAUGCACAACUUUUCCCGGCAUAUCGCAGAUCCCAAGAAGCCAGACGAUGGUCUGUUUCUCUACUUCCUCCCUAACUGUACCCUUAAUGUGUACGGCGGUGGAAUGUCCUCGUUCCGCGUGUGUCCUACCGCAGAUCCCCAUGUCACCCGCAUGGAAUUCGACUACUACCACCUAGAAUCCGGAGAGAAAUUCGAGGAAUACUUCAAGUUUGUUAGGCAGGUUGCUAUGGAAGAUUUUGAGCUCUGCGAGAAGGCACAAGAUAAUCUGGCCAAGGGGGUAUACCACGAAGGCAUCUUGAAUCCGGUCAAAGAGAAUGGCGUGUUAUACUACCAGAAACGUGUGUUUGACAUGGUCCUCGAACAGCAUGAAACCGACCGAAAGACCCAAAGUGAGGCAUCCGCGCAAGAACGGGUAGCGUCUGCGGUUGAAACGGCAGCGUAG